ACAGAAGCGUUUCACGCAGACGGCUUCUUGUGUCUGCUCGUACUGGCGCUCGCGCGUGCGUGAGUGCGUGUGUGCGUGCGUGUGUGUGUGUGUGCGUGUGUGUGAGCGCGCGCGGUCGCUGUGUGCGCCGCUCGCUUCAUCCGAGGAAGAGAUGCAGAGGAGUCGAUCGCGUCCGUGCGGCUCGCGAUCACGCUGAAAAACGAACCCGCGACUCGACUCGUUCCGACUCGACGACCUCUGGCGCGCACGAACACGCAGGCUAAUUUGCUGGUGCGGGGGGUGGGCUCGUCCGUGGACGCGUAUGCAUGUGUUCCGCACCGAACGGGCGAAAGAGCCGCCCCGGAUCCGCAGGCCGCAUGUUUCAGCUGGGCAAAGCGGCGCGCAGCGAACCCGAGCGGCGGGAGAGCACGGACAGCGCCCGCAGGGGAGGACAGCGGGCUCUGGAGCACUGCAGAGCGGCGGUGCAGGAGUUUAACACUCUGGUGGCACUCCACCGUGAGCAGGUCAUCUCCAUAGGAGAGAUCACGGCUGAUUGUCCCACUCUGAGGGCACGCAUGCACAGCACACGCACCAAAGGCUGCACGGUGGCUCAGAGCGCCUACCAGCACCUCACGCUCAUCUCUGGGCCAGAGGAUGGCGAGAUCCACCCUGAAAUCUGCAGGCUCUUCAUCCAGCUGCAGUGCUGCUUGGAGAUGUACAUCACCGAGAUGCUCAAGUCCAUGUGUCUGUUGGGUGUGCUGCAGCUCCACAGGAAAGGAAACGAGCCGUGCCCCGAGUCAAAUGCAGAUUGCAGAGUGGACGAAAGCUCUGAUGUCCCGAUACUGGAGGACAGGUCUUCAUCACCUGUCGACUUCCCCCAUGAAUCCUGGCUUGUGUGCACAGAUAUCGAGAACAUAGAGAGUGACAUGCGUGAGAUGAGAAAUCUGCUAAGCAAACUCAGGGAGACCAUGCCUUUGCCACUGAAGAACCAAGAUGACAGCAGUUUGCUGAACCUGACACCCUACCCACUGGUGAGGCAGAGGAAGAGGCGUUUCUCUGGGCUCUGCUGCCUUGUGUCGGGAUGAACCACCCACAGUCUUCGCCUCUCAAUGGCAACUUCGAGUUCCACUUGUCUAUUUUGUUCACUGUAAAUGUGCAGCAGUAAUCUAAAUCUGUCACCACCAUCACUACAGACUUCAUUCAUUACUAGAGAGAAAUGCUACAUACCACCCUGCCUCACCUUGCCUCACCCUGCCUCACCCUGCCUCACCUGGCCCACCCUACCUCACCCUGCCCCACCCUACCCCAUGCUGCCCUUCCAUACCCUCCCCUACUGUACUCUACCCUGCAAACACCCUGCCAUGCCCUGCCCGGCUGUACCCAUCACCCCCUGCUCCACCCCGCCCUGCCUUGCCCCUUCUUGACCCUGCCCUGUCCCACCCUUCCAUACAUCACCACACCUUGCCCCGCCUCUAAAUUCAAUAGAGAGACUUUUAUCCAAAUCUGAUUUUUUUGUUGUCGAUUGUCCUUUCAUUUUCUGUUAUUUGUGGUGCAUACAGUAUAUGAACACGUCUCGAAAAGAAAAAGCUAGAAUCGGACAUACUGUAUUUUGUGAACAUAAUACUCCUUUUCUCCUUGUUUUUGAUGCUCGUCUUUGUCCCAGUCUGCAGUCAGGAAGUUUGUUCUCACCAAGAGUGAACAUAUGCAACAAUAUUCAGUACAGGCUCCAUGACUUUACUCCAGUUUAGUUCGGUCACUGUGCAAGGCUUCUUAUUUAGUCUUCCAUAAAUGGGAAAAGUAAACAAUUACGAUUCAUUUCUAGGGCACACAAGUGCUCUGCACUAAAGCCAUUACUUCUUCAUUCUUAACAUGAAGACAGAAUAGAUUUAUGUACAUAAUACAGUGUAAUGUAUACAAAAAGCUCAAGAUGAUUCAUGUGCUGUUCUCUGGAUGUUUUACACAUUCAUUUGUGUGAUUUGUGUGUGUUUUAUGAGAGUCUGCAGCAUGCUUCUAGUGUCCAGUAUAUUAGGUAUGCAUAGAGUCCAACAUCCAUCAUGUAAAGGCCAUUUUAUAAUGAUAAUAAACUUUUUUUUUUAUUAUG